AUGGUGUCUGAAGCAAGCAAGAAAAAGGCUGCCCAGAAGAAGGCCGCCGCUGCCGCUAAGAGAGGAGGUAAGGUAGCCGCUUCAUCGAAAACGGCUUCGGAGAAAGCGGUUGACAGUGUUGCUAACGGAAUUGGGGAUAUUCAGAUAUCUGAUCGGACUUGCACCGGUGUCCUCUGCUCUCAUCCUCUUUCCAGAGAUAUUAGGAUAGAAUCUCUAUCAGUUACCUUCCACGGACAUGAUCUUAUAGUUGAUUCUGAAUUGGAGCUAAAUUAUGGAAGACGUUAUGGUUUACUUGGAUUAAAUGGUUGUGGGAAAUCUACCCUACUUACAGCAAUUGGAUUACGUGAACUUCCUAUUCCUGAGCACAUGGAUAUUUAUCACCUUAGCCGGGAAAUUGAAGCCUCUGACAUGUCUGCAUUGGAGGCUGUCAUUAGCUGUGACGAGGAAAGGUUGAGAUUGGAGAAAGAAGCUGAAAUUCUGGGCGCACAAGAUGAUGGAGGUGGUGAAGCACUUGAACGAGUUUAUGAACGGCUGGAAGCUAUGGAUGCAUCAACAGCAGAAAAGCGUGCUGCUGAAAUUUUAUUUGGUCUUGGUUUCAACAAGCAGAUGCAGGCAAAGAAAACAUGUGAUUUUUCUGGUGGAUGGAGAAUGAGGAUUGCUUUAGCACGAGCCUUAUUUAUGAACCCAACCAUUCUUCUUCUAGAUGAACCAACCAAUCACCUUGAUUUGGAAGCAUGUGUGUGGCUGGAGGAGAAUUUGAAGAAGUUUGACCGUAUUCUGGUUGUGAUUUCACACUCCCAGGAUUUCCUUAAUGGUGUCUGCACAAAUAUCAUCCACAUGCAAAGCAAAAAGCUGAAGUUCUAUACUGGUAAUUAUGAUCAAUAUGUUCAGACUCGUGCUGAACUGGAAGAGAACCAGAUGAAGCAGUAUAGAUGGGAGCAAGAGCAGAUCGCCUCAAUGAAGGAAUACAUUGCUCGAUUUGGCCAUGGAUCAGCAAAACUAGCUCGCCAAGCUCAGAGUAAAGAGAAGACUCUUGCAAAAAUGGAGCGCGGUGGACUUACAGAGAAGGUGGUAAGAGACAAAAUUUUAGUUUUCCGCUUCGUUGAUGUGGGUAAACUUCCCCCACCUGUCCUCCAGUUUGUGGAGGUGACAUUUGGUUACACUCCUGAUAAUCUCAUCUACAAGAACAUUGACUUCGGAGUUGACUUAGACUCCAGAAUUGCUUUGGUUGGACCCAAUGGAGCUGGAAAGAGCACAUUCCUAAAGCUCAUAACUGGUGAUUUGGUUCCCUUAGAUGGCAUGGUUCGUCGCCAUAACCACCUUCGCAUUGCACAAUUUCACCAGCACUUGACCGAAAAGCUAGACCUGGAACUGUCUGCUCUCCAAUUUAUGAUUAAAGAAUACCCUGGAAAUGAAGAAGAGAGGAUGAGAGCAGCUAUUGGGAAAUUCGGAUUGUCGGGUAAAGCACAGGUGAUGCCAAUGAGAAAUUUAUCCGACGGACAGAGGAGUCGCGUGAUCUUUGCAUGGUUAGCCUAUAGACAACCUCACUUGCUUCUCUUAGACGAGCCAACUAAUCAUUUAGAUAUUGAGACAAUCGACUCUUUAGCAGAGGCAUUGAAUGAAUGGGAUGGUGGCUUGGUGCUUGUUAGUCAUGAUUUUAGGCUCAUAAAUCAGGUGGCUCAUGAAAUAUGGGUCUGUGCUGAUCAAACUGUGACCAGAUGGGAAGGUGACAUUAUGGAUUUCAAGCAGCAUUUAAAGGCAAAGGCAGGUUUAGCUGACUGA